CACCGUUUGUGAGGUCAGGGUGGACUGGGUCAGUGCUCGGCACCAGAUAAGGCAUCGGAUAAGUGCGGAGACCAGAACACAAGGAACAUCUGGCAAGGUUCUAUAAGUCAUUCCCUAGAGAGACUCGAGGCUGUCAGCAACUUGACGGUCGUAAAAUGCGAGUCCCGACGUGGAGUCUGCUGUGCUCACUGCUGGUGGCAAAACUCCCCCAUGGCGAGGCCGUGACGUCUAUCGUCCUCCAUCCGACGAAAACAGCAACGACAGAAGCUGCUCUUAUCGUUGUCCCUGGAGCCUCCAUCAGCGGGGAGGCAUACAGACCCCUGGCGGAAAGCAUUCAGCAGGCGUGUCCCCUAAAGCUGUGGGUGGUUCUGCUGACGGGCUUCCUCCUCAACACACCCAACCCCCUCGAGCUACAUGGUGCCAUCAGUUCCGCCCUCGACACGCUUCACCAGCAGGGCAUGACGUCCAGCAACAUCUUCGUCGCUGGUCACAGCUUGGGAGGAGUGUUUGUGGGGAUGGAGGGAAAAUCCAAUGCCAGCAAAUACAAGGGCAUCCUGCUGUUUGCCUCUUACCUAACUAGAGACAUGCCCCUCGCCACCUACCCCCUACCCGUGCUGACCAUUUCCGGUGACUUGGAUGGACAGACUCGCAUCACGAGGAUUGCCGAUGAAUUUGAACUACUCCGUGAAAAGGGCAACGAAGGAGGAGUUUACAGGUGUCAUCACCAGCGUUAUCUUGACCAAUUCCUUCUCUUGUUACAGGCAGCUAGAGGCCAUGGCGGCCAAAACAGGAGCCACGUCUACAGUACCCCUGUCAUCGUCAUGCGCGGUGUCAACCACGCCCAGUUUGCUUCCGGUGCAAUGCCCAAGCAAGUCGUCACGCACGAUCUGACCCCAGAAGUCACCUCGCAGGCUGCCUACACCCUCAUAGCUAAACACACCUCGGCAUUCCUGGUAGCCACCCUGCGUGCGCCACAGGCAGCCCUUGCACAGGCCCGUGCAGAUUGGAUGCAGCCUACAGCGACACCUCCCCUCCUGUCCAUGAAGUCGACUGAGGCCAACGCUCAGAAUUCUGACAAAUGGGCCGUCCAGACACAGCUGCUGGAGGCAGGAUCCACCCAGCAUCAAAUCACGGUCACUAACACAAUUCUGUCCAACUUGGACUCCUUCUUGGCCAGCAAACCUAGCCUCCAUACAGCUGGCACCAGCGUGACUGUAGCCACCUUUACCCAUGUGAAUUAUCCAAGCAACCUACUGGACAUCUCCACAGUACCCAGCUCCCCCCAGUCACUCAUGAUCAAGAUGAAAUCUAGGGAGGCAAUCCAGGCGGUGUCGCCGGGAAGUCACGCAACCGCAGUCCCUACAUGCAAAAGUCUUAAUCAGGCAGCGUUCACACUAGCUUUGAACUCCUCGUCUGCCGACGCUCAGAGGCGCUUUAAGGCCAAGGGUCGACCGAUCAUCUUCAACGAUGAUGACAACAUGACGACAGGCUUACAGUGGUCCUCAGCUGAGUUGGGUUUGCAUGAGGAUGACCAUGGGCUGAGAGUGACAUCUCCUUCCCUGAAGACGUCCCUGCACGAGUUUAUAGAAGCGUUGUCAGGCAUGCACUACUGCACGGUGCUGGCUCCCUACCGCGCCAUGGAGUGGAUUUACGUGGAUUCCCUGAGGGCCCACGCAGUGUGAGUCGACUUCACUCCGCACCACAGCCACUGUGCAACUUCACCUAUUCAUGAUCACCAUCGGGAGAUAGUUGCCAGUGCUUGAGACCGUUUCCGAGUACUAAAACGGUCACGCUUUGUUGAUUCAAAAAAUUGUUUGUGCUGAUCUCACCGAUUAUCUAAACGUGGUCUUUACUUCAUAUAUCUAAACGUCUGCUACACCAUGUCCAUCCAGUGUAGCUACAGUGUUAUUAUAUGCAAAAUCUCCCCGCGGACUCCACUACUAACUGUAUUAUAGAAAUACAUCAUGAUUUUACUUAAAUCGCAAA